UAGCAGACUCCCAUAUCCGCCAGACGGAGACGGACGGUGCCAGCUGCUAGCUAAGUUAGCCCUAGUGCACUGUUAGCAACUAGCUUCAGAGUCUUAGCGGCUUUACUACAUAUGAGGGACUGAGCAAGAGUGUGCGUGCAUGUGUGUGACAGCGUGUGUGUCGACGCUUUGAACGCCCGCUCGUCCGUCCCGAAGUCACUCCUUGUGUCUGUGUGUACCUGUCUAUGUGUGUGCGCGAGGGAGGGAUUGUGUGUGUGUGUGUAUAUAAACUCCGCUAUCUCCCUUCCUUUCCUCUUCCGAGCAGCAGAGUGUCUGUGAUUGUGUAUGUGUGAGGUUAGCACGCAGAGAAGCACACAUAAACACACUCUGAUAGUCGACUGUUUACAAUCGGUGUCCGGUUACUUGCCAGCGGAUUCACAUCAUUUACUGACACCGACUCAGCACCAGCAUGAUGUUGAGGUACACUGUAGUCCGAGGCGGCCUCGGCCUGUUGGCCGUUAGGAGGGCGUGUCAUUCCCCCCGCUUCGCCCACUCUGCCCCGAAGAGCGAGUAUCGACCAAUCAAGAAAGUCAUGGUGGCCAAUAGAGGUGAAAUUGCCAUCCGUGUGUUCAGAGCCUGCACCGAACUGGGGAUCCGAACCGUGGCCGUCUACUCUGAGCAAGACACCGGACAAAUGCACAGGCAGAAGGCAGAUGAGGCUUACCUGAUUGGAAAAGGCCUGCCACCUGUUGCUGCAUACCUGGACAUUCCUGACAUCAUCAAAGUAGCUAAGGACAACAAUGUGGAUGCUAUCCACCCUGGCUAUGGUUUCCUUUCUGAACGGGCAGACUUUGCCCAGGCCUGCGCAGAUGCAGGGGUGAUGUUUGUAGGACCAACCCCAGAAACGGUUCGCAAGAUGGGAGACAAGGUGGAGGCUCGUGCCCUGGCCAUCAGUGCAGGUGUACCUGUGGUCCCAGGAACAGAUUCACCCAUCUCCUGCCUGCAGGAGGCGCAGUCGUUCGCCCAAACAUACGGCUUCCCCAUCAUCUUCAAAGCAGCCUAUGGAGGAGGUGGUCGCGGCAUGAGGGUAGUCAGAGAGUACGAGGAACUUGAGGAGAAUUACCAGCGGGCCUACUCCGAAGCCCUGACGGCUUUUGGGAACGGAGCCCUGUUUGUUGAGAAGUUUAUUGAAAAGCCAAGACACAUUGAAGUACAGAUCCUAGGCGAUAAAUAUGGUAAUGUCAUCCACCUCUACGAGAGAGACUGCUCCAUUCAGCGCAGACACCAAAAGGUUGUGGAGAUUGCACCAGCUUUCCAGUUGGACCCUCAUCUGAGAGACCGACUUCACGCUGAUGCUGUCAACCUCGCCAAACAGGUGGGCUACGAAAACGCAGGGACUGUGGAGUUCCUGGUCGACAAACACGGCAAACACUACUUUAUUGAGGUCAAUUCUCGACUCCAGGUUGAACACACAGUCACCGAAGAAAUCACUGAUGUGGACCUGGUGCAUGCCCAGCUGCAUGUGUGUGAAGGCCGCAGUUUGCCAGAACUGUCCCUGAAACAAGAUAAGAUCAGGGUGAACGGCUGUGCCAUACAGUGUAGAGUGACGACUGAAGACCCGGCCAGAGGCUUCCAACCAGACACUGGGAGGAUUGAGGUCUUCCGAAGCGGUGAAGGCAUGGGCAUCCGCCUGGACAGUGCCUCGGCCUUUCAGGGUGCUGUUAUUUCACCCCACUAUGACUCCCUGUUGGUGAAAGUCAUUGCCAGUGGGAAGGACCUGCAGACGGCAGCUUCCAAGAUGAGCCGAGCCCUGGCCGAGUUCAGAGUGAGAGGGGUCAAGACCAACAUCCCGUUCCUCCAGAACGUCUUUGCCAACCACCAGUUCCUUCACUCAACCGUGGACACCCAGUUUAUCGACGAGAACCAGGAACUCUUCAACCUCAAACCCACUCAGAACCGAGCCCAGAAACUACUGCACUACCUGGGUCAUGUGAUGGUAAAUGGACCAACCACACCCAUCCCAGUCAAGGCUAAGCCUUCCUCCACAGACCCUGUCAUCCCUCCUGUCACCAUGGGCGACCCACCAGUAGGUUUCCGUGAUAUCUUGCUGCGUGACGGUCCUGAAGGAUUCGCCAAGGCUGUCCGUGCCCACCAAGGCCUGUUGCUAAUGGAUACCACCUUCAGAGAUGCUCACCAGUCGCUUUUAGCAACUAGGGUUCGCACACAUGACCUGAAGAAGAUCUCGCCAUUUGUCAGCCACAACUUCAGCAACCUUUUCAGCCUGGAGAACUGGGGAGGUGCUACCUUUGAUGUGGCCAUGCGCUUCCUGUCGGAGUGCCCAUGGAAGAGACUCCAGGAGCUGAGAGCUUUGAUCCCAAACGUUCCUUUCCAGAUGCUGCUGAGAGGGGCCAACGCCGUGGGCUACACCAACUACCCCGACAACGCUGUCUUUAAGUUCUGUGAGGUAGCCAAAGAGAAUGGCAUGGACAUCUUUCGCGUGUUUGAUUCCCUGAAUUACGUGCCAAACAUGCUGCUGGGUAUGGAGGCUGCUGGUGCAGCGGGUGGCGUUGUGGAGGCUGCCAUCUCGUACACAGGCGACGUCUCUGACCCCAUGAGGCAGAAGUACUCUCUGGAUUAUUACGUGAAGCUGGCAGACGAGCUUGUUAAAGCGGGAACCCACAUCCUCUGUAUCAAGGAUAUGGCCGGCCUGCUGAAGCCAGAAGCCAGCAAGCUUCUGAUCGGUGCUCUCAGAGACCGUUUCCCAGAUGUUCCCAUCCACGUGCACACACACGACACAGCUGGAGCCGGCGUAGCGGCCAUGCUGGCUUGUGCUGCGGCUGGAGCUGACGUUGUGGAUGUGGCUGUCGACUCCAUGGCUGGGAUGACCUCUCAGCCCAGCAUGGGAGCCAUGGUGGCCUGUGCCAAGGGGACCAAGCUUGACACUGGCAUCGCUCUGGAGAAGGUGUUUGACUACAGUGAAUAUUGGGAAGUCGCCAGAGGCCUAUAUGCUCCAUUUGACUGCACGGCCACCAUGAAAUCUGGCAACGCUGACGUCUAUGAGAACGAGAUACCCGGAGGACAGUACACCAACCUUCACUUCCAGGCUCACAGCAUGGGACUGGGAAACAAGUUCAAAGAGGUGAAGAAGGCCUACACUGAAGCCAACAAACUACUGGGAGACCUCAUUAAGGUGACUCCAUCCUCUAAGAUUGUUGGUGAUUUGGCCCAGUUCAUGGUGCAGAACAACUUGACCAGGGCAGAAGUGGAGGAGAGGGCAGAUGAAUUGUCCUUCCCUCUGUCUGUGGUUGAGUUUCUGCAGGGAUACAUCGGGAUACCACAUGGAGGAUUCCCAGAGCCGUUCAGAUCCAAGGUGCUGAAGUCCCUCCCCCGUAUUGAGGGUCGUCCCGGUGCCUCCCUGCCACCCAUGGACUUCAAGGCCCUGGAAGAGGGGCUUCGAUCAGCACACGGCGAUGAUAUCACCCCUGAGGAUGUGAUGUCAGCAGCCAUGUACCCCAAGGUGUUCCAGGAGUUUAAGGAAUUUACUGCUAACUUUGGUCCAGUGGACUGUCUCAGCACCCGGCUGUUCCUGGACGGACCCAAAAUCGCAGAGGAGUUUGAGGUGGAGCUGGAGAGAGGGAAGAUCCUCCACAUCAAGGCGCUGGCACUGGGUGACCUGAACAAGGCCGGACAGAGAGAGGUCUUCUUUGAGCUGAACGGACAGCUGAGAUCUGUGCUGGUUAAAGAUACUGUCGCCAUGAAGGAAAUGAAGUUCCAUCCCAAGGCACAGAAGUCUAUCAAGGGUCAGGUGGGAGCACCCAUGCCUGGAAAAGUCCUGGAGGUCAAAGUUGAAGUGGGAUCCACGGUGGAGAAGGGUCAGCCGCUGUGUGUCCUCUCGGCCAUGAAGAUGGAGACGGUGGUCAACUCCCCGGUGUCCGGUACUGUAAAGGCUGUCCAUGUCACGGCUGACGCCUCCCUGGAGGGAGAUGACCUGAUACUGGAAAUCGAGGAGUAGAGAGGGAGGUAGGGAGGGAGGGGAGUAGUAGUAGGAGGGAGGGAGAACGGAAGAAAAAGGCAGGGAGAGGAAAAACAGGAAUUCAUUUAGUUAGAGACAUCUCUGACCUGUGGUGGUAGUACGAGACAUUUUGGCCCCCAAUUUGUACAUAUUUUGUUUGGUUACACUGGGGAUACAAAAUAAAGCACAGCUCCACACACCUGACAAUCUUAAAUAAUAUCUUAAUUUGAUGGAAUUCCUUAGUAAUUCAUGCCACUAAUAAAACUCUCCAAAACUUGAUUCUCCUCAAAGUUAUUGCCUAGGUGUGGUGUUUAGGUCAAAUACAGUAUAUCUCAGUACAUCUCUUAAUGUCCUGUCAACUUGUGGAGAAUAGCAUAUUUUAGAAAGACAUUACAUAUUUGAACUGUGAUACAUUCCAUUACUUAAAUGCUAGCUUUUAAUGUGAUGUACUCCAAAAUGAGCUAACCUUGAUGUGUAACACUAACAGGGUCAUAACAUAUACUUCCAAAAUCAAUGCCACAAUUUCCAUUUCUAUGCUGUUAAUGUUGCCUGAUAUAUUCAAAGAGAGUAGGUGAAACUUUAGAUUAAUGACUACUAAGUGUUUUUCGUGGCAAUCAGAGGGGUUCAGAUUAAAAAGAAUAGACUAGAAGAUGUAUUAUCAAAUCAUUUUUUUCAUAUGGGAAUAUUAUUUUUCUCUUUUGCUUGCUUGCCAUUGCAAGACAUUAGUCACAGUGCAUUCUCAGAAUGUGUUAUCACAGCAUUUAGACACAUUUUUUUCAUUUGUAAACAAAAAACAUUGUUUUUGGGAACGACAACAGCACAUGGGUUGAAGGAAAGAAAACAUAUUUUUUUUGUCCAACGUGUACUUGAUAUGGAUUUCAAAAUAUAUAUAUAUUUUCACAGUAAAAGAAGCACAACAAAGCAGGUGGCACUAUGUUAAGUUUGACAGGGACACAGAUAGACAUGCCAGAAAACACCCAGAGUUGCACCAAAGUCAAAACUGUAUUCUGUUACUGUAUCAGUAAUAGCAGAAGGUUUAUUAUUUGAAAGAUCUCUACCAGUGUUGAAAAUGUUUCCUCAUUUACACCUGUCUUUAAAAUCCAAACGCCUGAAGGAGGUUGUAGCAACGUGGUUGAAGUAAAGCUGUAGGCCAUGUUGGAGGGAUUACAGAUGUGAUUCUUACAAAGUCCCUCUGUCCUAGUUGGUUUAAAUGCGGCUUUCUUAAUCCAAAGACAGCUCUAGGGUGGCCCACUAAAACUAACUGAGCUCUAUCUGCUGGAUCACUGUAGAGGUGUAAAGUCACAGGGUCUUAAGGUGACAUGUUGGAAAAGUUGUCAAAGGAGCAGUUCCAGCCUUUCUUUUCAGAACCAGGCAGAGAUUAUGGCGAGUAGUCUUGUGACUGCGUGGGGAUUUUAAUGCUAGGUGCAAAUGGGAUUACAUGGUGGUGUAAUGGAGACAUGUGGUGUUAUUUUCUGAGGCUCUGCUGAUUAAUUUAUGAAUUAAUUCUCUGUCAAAUGAUGUGAAAUUAGCCGGACUAAUAAGAGACUCUGGAGACUCCCAGUAGCAGCACUCGGCUUUAUAUUUCUAAUGCGUGUGUGUGUGUAUGCAUAAAUGGGUCUGUAUCUAUGUGUGUGUGUGUGCAAGCAAAAUUUUAAGACAAAAUCAAUCAGUCCCCAUAAUUUUACACCUCCAGAGCUGAAAACGCAUACUAAAAUAAAUAUUCAUACACACAUUGAUGCAAAAAUACACACGCUAACACUCCCAGUACUCAAGUACUGCCUGCAUCAAAAGUAAACAACCAAAUACACCUCUCAGUGGUGUCGUAACAUCUCCACAUUAUCCAAAAUAGUCAGCAGCAAUGCAGCAAAUACACCACUCUGCUGUCAGAUGAUAUAGUUAAAUACUGAAUUUAAAGUCUCAAAUGUGAAGAUUCAACACUUUAAAUGAUCUCUGCUGAACUGAAUGUUGAACUACCCUGACCAGUGAGAGUAAACCAUGAACCAACAGGAAGUCAGAUUAGAUCACAUUCAAUUAAAAUACAAAAGGAAGUGUAACAAACUCCUUGUAAUACAGUGAAGCAUGAAGUGUUCGGGACAGUGAGCCAGAAAAGACCCAAACAGCCUAUUUUCCUAAAACAUCUGUGCUGCUUUGACAGAAAACAUCGAUCGUAACGCAAAACUGAAGUUUGUACUUAGCUGAAUCGUUUCCAGGAUUUUUGCUCCAUUACCUCUGAGAACGAGUCCCCUUUUGAACUUAUGCAUCAAUACUGAGCAGUGAUGCUGUUGUUAAUUAGACCACUGAUAUGUCUCCUCACUCUCCCCAGCUCACUGCCAUGCCUCACUGUACCUCCUUGUUAUAUCUGUGUAUGAAAUCUUUUGAAAGAGAUACAGUGGUGGGAUUGUAUGAAUGAGUUUUUGACAAGCUGUUGCACAAUAAUGUAAAGUCCCUUCCUCCUUUCCUUAUUGGCUCUCCUCAGAUAUCUGCUUUUCCUGCAGCAUCCAUCUAUCCAAUUAUCCAUCCACCUUUUCAUUGUGUUUUCCUCUCCACUCCCUCUCCCUUAUCUCAACAGUGGAAAAUUUGCACAUGUGAAAUGAUGGCUACAACUCAUGCAAUAAUGUAAACCUUAUCGCUGUGUUUGUCCCUGUUUUAGCCAGCAGUGAUUCUAACAACCAUACUUAUGAUAAUAUACUACUGUUCAGUGUCUGGGGUGGGGGGGGCAUAAAAAGAAUAAAAUGGAGAAAAGUA